AUGGCUGACCAUCACGUGAGCAGACUACACAUCGCUUCGGCUACACUGAAAGCUAUCGGCGCAGCUCUACAACGCUCUCUAACCUCGCCCUUCAAAGGCGACAAUGGCUCCAACACAUACUUCAAGGAUAUCAUGUUUGCCGUCUUCCGGGCCAACAUGGGCAACCUUGACCUCGUCCAUGACCGUUACUUGAACGGAGGCUCUACAACCACAAACUAUGUCAAGUAUGCUGAGCAGCACAAGUUCGCGCCAGACAGCAUAACCCUGCCAAGUGGCACACAGGCGCAUUGGUUGGGAAAAAGCAAUGCAUCCAAGGUCUUGGUAUACUUCCAUGGUGGCGGCUAUGUUCUCCCUGCUGGACCUGGCCAUAUACUCUGGCUCGACGACUUCCAAAAAUCUCUCGGUCCCGAUGUGUCUGCAUUGCUUCUCGCAUACGACGUUGCGCCCGAGGCUAAAUACCCUACUCAGCUCAAGCAAGCCAUCGAGCUUCUCAACCAUCUAGUAUACACCGAAGGUCGCAGUCCCUCUGAUCUCAUACUGGCUGGCGACUCCGCUGGCGGCAAUCUUAUCCUCGGAGCCCUCUCGCAUAUUACACACCCGCAUCCAGACAUCACACCGCUCUCGCUACCUGACAGGCUCCAUGGUGUUUUGCUAAUAUCACCAUGGUGCUCACUGACCCAGACCAAUACUCCUGCAUUUACCACAAACGCCGAGCGCGACAUGGUUGAUGCCAGGGUUCUCAACCGAUGGGGUGCUGCAUUUCUUGGCUCCGACUCUCCCUUUGCUGGCGACUUGUACAACGAGCCUGUUCUGGCACCUCCGGAUUGGUGGGCGCCUCUUGCCGAUUUUGUGGACGAAGUCCUGAUAUGGGGAGGCGAUAAUGAGGUGCUCAAAGAUGGCAUUGCAGCUUUUGCGGAAAAGUUUACCAAAGGAUUUGGUAGCAGAGGUGGAAUUGUGACUACCGUUUUUACGCCGAAAGCGUGCCAUGAGGAGAUGAUUGUAGAGAGGAUCCUGGGAUAUAAGGGUGACUCUGGAACAGGUAGUCAGCAAGUCGUGGAGACGUGGGUGAAGGCGAAGCUUUGA